CGCUGCACGCGGCCCGUCGGAAGUGGCCCGGCAGCUGUCCUCCUUGUCCGGUGCCGCGGCCCGCUUUCCCCUCCGCCGCUUCGGGCUCUCCCCGGGAUCAUGGAGGAGCCGGAGAUGCAGCUCAAAGUGAAGAAAGGUAGCGGCGGAGGAGCCACUUCCGGUGGUGUCGCGCCCAAAGGCGUCCGGGCAGGAAUGGGGAGGGGGGAGGGGCGCGCAAUGAUUCGCAGGAGCGCAAAGCCGCAGCCCAGAUGUGUGUGUUUGUUUUAGGGAAGCGGCUAGAAAGCGGCCCCAGCCCCUCCUUUUCCAAGCUCAUGCCUUCAAACUGAACGCCAUGCGUCAAGAGUGCCUCUGAGCCUGUGCAGAUAGCAUUCCCCUGGCAGAAAGCCGCCUUCUCUCCUGGACACGCUGGAGCCCCGGAAUGUCCUGCAUGAGCAGGGAAACGAUGUUUUAUUGUUUAUUAUUAUUAUUAUUAUUAUUAUUAUUAUUAAAUCAUAUUUAAUCCACAGAAAGAAUAACAACAUUAUUCUUUCAUUAGUAUUAAUAUUACGACGUUGUAAUUCCCUUCAUGUCAAUAGUAUGUAGUAGGGGGGAACGGAGUCAUAGCCAUUCCUACCUGUGGUUAUUGUGGGGGUGGCACAGUUGUGUUGCAUUGGAAAUGGCUUGCAUUAGACCCAUUGAAUGCAAUGGCCCUGUGAGGUGGGUGAAGAGGUCACCCAGUGGGCUUCAUAAUGGAGUGGGAAUUUGAACCCUGAUCUCCCAGGUCUUUGCCCAACACUCUCACCGCUACACCCCACUGGCUAGACCCUCUGCAAUGAUGCAGCUCUAUAAAUUAAGGAGGUAACUAAAUAUGGAGAAAGCAAAAUGUCACUUAGAGAAGGAUCUGAAAAAAAUUCCUGGAAGCCUGAAUCUCUUUUAUUAUGGAUUGUUUCAUCUCAACCGCAUUGUGAUUUUUUCCCUUUAAAAUACAAAGAUUUUUCCUUUAAAAUACAAAGUGUUAUAGAAAUGGGGGGGGGGACCCCAUUGCAAAAAAAAUGGCACCUAGACAUUCUUUUGUGAGCGCAGCCUAGGUUUAAUGUAUCAUUUGGUAAUUAGGUUAUAUAUCUGAGUUUCUAACACUGGUAAUAGUAGUAGUAGUGAUGAUGAUGAUGAUGAUGAUGAUGAUGAUGAUGAUAGCUGCCUGGAAAGGAUUUCCUGGCUUGGCAAUGAAGCUGCAAUUAAAAUUAACAUCUCCCCAUUCUUCCUAGUGACAGACAAGUUUACAGAGAGCAUGUAUGUCUUGGCCAACGAACCUUCUGUGGCUCUGUAUCGGCUUCAGGAGCACGUCAGGCGUUCCCUCCCGGAAUUGGCCCAGCAUAAGGUAUGCCACCUUCGAACCCAGGAGUGAAAAAACUCAAAUGCGCACCAUGCUUAAUCAUGGUCCCUGCAUUGCAGGGGGUUGGGCUACGUGGCCCUUGGGAUCCCGUCAAAUUCUGUGAUUCACCAGCACCAGAUCAGCUAGCUGAACCUGCCCCACUUUAGGGGUUUUGGGGGUCACUGUUUUAAACAGUCCUGCCUUUCUCCAAAGAAUCCUGGGACCUGUGGGUUGCUGAAUAUAGGGAGGCCCCUAUAUUCCUCUCAGAGCCAGUAUUUGCAAUUCGCCAAGCGCAUUUUUUACCUGUCGGUCCUCUGCAACCGGGUGAUUAGCUUAUAUGGUGCAAAUGUAUAAAUUAAGUAGGUAAAUAAAUAUGGGGAAAGCAAAAUGGAUGGCGCCUGAUGUCUCCACCAUCUGGAGGUUCAUGCCUGGGGAUCAUUGGAUCGGGACUGUUUUCACACACUAAUACAAAGUCCUGUAGAAUCUAUCAGUUCUAUUUUAUCUGCACAAUUGGAAUGAAUUUCAGGAACCAAAAUGCCAAAUGCCUGAGCAGGACUGGUGAACAAUGUUAUAAUUAAUUGCUGUCGCUUGUCUUCACUUACCCCAACUUACAGUCGGGAAAAAUACUCCUAUGUUAUGAGUGGUCCAUGUCACCAUUAAGAAAAAGAAGUUGGAAUAGGCCAAUAGAUCUGUAGACUGUCUCUGUAUCAAGUGACUUUCUUUUUUAAGUUCUCAAAGCUCUUAACCAAGCUCAGGGUUGUCCUCUGAACUAGCCAGAUGUUUAACUGAGAAUCAAUCAGUCCGUCCGUCAUUUGAAAAAUAAGACUUUAGAGCUGUCUUGCCUCAAAAUGGCAACUGGACAUUCCUUUCUGGCAACUGCAACCUUGGUUCAAGGAGCCAUUUGGUGCCUGGCUCAUAUAUCUGAGUUUUGAACACAGCCCAAAGCUCCACUUCCCAGGGAAUAGGAAUUGAGUGUUAAAUGCUCUUGGGAAUUGUAGAUCUGGGAGGGAGAAGAUGGGUCUCCUAACAGCUCCCAGUACCAUGAAUGUACAGUGGUACCUCAGGUUACAAACACUUCGGGUUACAGACUCUGCUAACCUGGAAGUAGUACCUCAGGUUAAGAACUUUGCUUCAGGAUGAGAACAGAAAUCGCGCAGCGGCGGCAGUGGGAGGCCCCAUUAGCUAAAGUGGUGCUUCAGGUUAAGAACAGUUUCAGGUUAAGAACAGACCUCCAGAACGAAUUAAGUUCAUAACCAGAGGUACCACUGUAGUAAAAUCCUAUAUCAGAGAACCUGCCAGCCUUCAAAUGUUGUCACCUCCCAGUGUUCCAGCAGAGAGUCAGAUAGGAUGGAUGAGUGUAGAAACAUGUGCUAGCCCACAGUUAAUGUUUGAAGUUUUAUAGUGCUUUUAUAUUUUGCUGGAAACAGCCCAGAGUGGCUGGAGCAAUCCAGUCAGAAUUAUAAAACUACUACUACUACUACUACUACUACUACUACUACUACAGAAUUGCCAACCCUGCCCUCCAUCAGGAGAGGGCCAUUUCCCUCAUCUCAUUAUAUUUUGUAUUUAUUGAUUACAUUUCUUUCUCACCCUCUUUCCUCCAAGAAGCUCUAGGCGGCGUGUGUGGUUCUCCCUCUCCCCAUUUUAGCCCUCAACAACCCUGUGAGGUAGGCAGUUGUUGUCAUCGUUGCCAUUAUGGUACAGAUUUGUGGGCUUCUUCAUACAGCGAAGCCAGCCUUCGCAGCACAGAAACAGAGCAGGGGGCACAAAUGCAAGCCCUGAAAACAAGAAAAUCAGCCAACUCUAAAGCAACACAACCAUCCAUGCAAACUCCUGAAAACGACAAAACCAUUUCAUCGCAUAUAAAGCUUAUUUUUCCAUAAAUAACUGGGUUACCGGAGCUGCUGGUGGUGAACAUGAGUCUCUCCUCCGCCCCACCCCUGUCUAAUCCUCACAACCCUCCUGCGAGGUGGGCUAGGCUGAGGGGCAGUGACCCCAAAGUCACCCAGCCAGCUUCCUGGCCCAGUGGGAGGAUUUGAACCUCGGCCUCCCAGGUCCUACGUGUGCAGAUCAGUCUCUGGAGGGAGGGGGUUGGUUCUUACUGGGAGGGGGAGAUGUUGGAGGAGAGGGUAUUUCGGUUAUUUUGAAAAGGGAUAGAGAGUCAAUACAGCAGGGAGGGCAGAUGUUAUCCAGGCUGCUUGUUCCCAAACUUAUUUAAAAGGUCCCUUGUUUAAUUUAGGGGCUUGUAUUAAUAGUGGUGCCGUAGGGAGAGCAGGGUUUUGGAAGAGAAUGCUAGCGAAAUAGAGAAGGUCACCCUGCUGUCUUUCUUCCUUAAAAAAGAAAAAAUUCAUCAAGGAUUUAGUCAUCUUUUCCAACUAGGCAACAUCUCAUGGAUAAGCUGUCCUGGCGAGAGAGGGAUUUGUUAUUCCCCAGUUCCGAGUUAAAGAAAGCAACCUCCUCCCUCUGUUUCCCCCCACCCCUUAGCUCUCUUUUGGGGACUGGGAUCUGCUGUUUGUUCCUCCCCUGCCCCCUUAAUGUGCCGUUAAUUCCAUUGUCUUGAGCAUUAGCCAGCUUAAGCUAAUGCAAGUCAUCCAAGGGAGGCGGUCUGAGAUUUUUUGAAUUUUCUGGACUUGGGGGGCAUGAGUGUGUUUUGCAUUAAGCCACAGCUACCUUUCAUUCACCCCUUUAGUUUUUUUUAAAAGAAGUUAAUGGGCCUUUGGGGUUGGCAUCCGUCUAUCUCGGGAGGCAAUGGAGUGCACCUUUGAGGGUGAAGUCCAGCUGUUGGAAGGUUGCAGCACCUGAGACCAAUGCGGGAGAGACAUACUGCAUUGCAGCCGGGGCAGAUGAAGGCGUCUGUUUGUGCUGCUGCAGAUGCACCAGGGCAUUUCUUCUCUCUCUGCUCCUCCUGGCACAGUCACUCCUCCUCUGAUCACUGCUAUGGAUGCAAACCUGACUGCAGACAUCUUUGUAACACAGAGUCUGCCAACGGUCCCAUAGAGCACCUCCUUGGGGAUCCUGCCAUCUUCCAUUCUGUGCAUGUGGCCAAGCCAGAGUAGACAUCCCUGAGACAGGAGUGCAAACAAGCUGGGAAUGUGGGCUUGGGGAAGCACAUUUUGGUUUGAGACUCUGUCCUGCCAUGCGAUGCCCAAAUCUUCCUGGUACAGCACCUGUGACCCAGUGUUAGAAACUCAGAUAUAUAAGCUCAUCGCCAAAUGGCUCCUUAAGCCAAGGUUACAGUCGCCAAAGCAGAAUGCCUUGUAGCCAUUUGGAGGGCGGUUGGCUCUGAAGUUGUAUUUUUCAAUACGACUUUUUGAUUCUUUACAUUUAUUCUGAUUGUGUGGAUAAAAUAUAACAGAUAGAAUUCUACAGGAUGGGGCCUUAGUGUGUGAAAACAGUCCAGAUGGGGGAGACGUCAGGCCCCAUCCUGGCACCUGGGCAUCUUCACUUGGUUGCAAGUGGCUGAUAGCCAGGUACAAAAUGCACCUGGCAAAUUUCAAGUGCUGCUGUGACCAUAUAAUAAAUGUUUGAUUGCCUAAGGAGUUUGUUUUCUCUGCAAAGGAGGUUACCCAUUGUGUCUCUGUACCUUGGCUUCUGUGGCUAAAUCUGCUGUCCCUCUGCAGGACUUUCUUGCAGAUAAGUUCAGAUACUUAAGCAUAACAGGCCAGCCUUAUUUUGGAGAGGUCGGAGGCUGCCCAUUGCCCCUCUGAAUGACUCAUGCAAUUGUAGAGUUGGAAGAGACCCCCCAAGGAUCGUUGCAGCCUUUUCUCCUUGGGCAGUUUGUGACCAGAACCCCCACCCCACCUCAAAAGCACUAGGGUUGGUAUCUGGACGUGCUGCGUGGCAGUGUUUAGUGCAUCAAGCUAGAACUGAGGAGACCCAGGUUGCUUCUUGGAGAUCAUCACCCUGUCACCUUUCCUCCUUGCAGGCCGACAUGCAGAGCUGGGAGGAGCAAAGUCAAGGGGCCAUCUACACCGUGGAGUACGCUUGCAGGUACUUGGGGGAAGCCUGCAGGGCUGCAUCCCUUUCCCAAAGGGGCUUCCCAAGCGCCCAUAGAUGGGCUGCGGUUGGGGGGAAGGCAGCAAAGAGCCUCCGGCAUUGAUCCCCAUUUCCAUGGCUAACUGUACUAAACUGAAACCAAAAUCCACACUGCUUAAAAUUAGAAUUCAGACUUCCAGGUAUCUCAUUGCAGCCAUGAGAACUAGGAACUUGACAUGCAAUUCAGAAGUCUAGUGACCCUGUGAAGGGAAGCUCUAGUCCCACUCUGUUCUGCCUUGGUCAGAGUCCUGUGUCACAGUCCCACCUGGAGUCCUGUGUCCUGUUCUGGGCUCCACAAUUUGAGAAGGAUAUUGACACGCUGGAAGUGUGGAGAGGAGGGCAGCCAAGAUCUGCUAACUAUAGAAUCAUAGAAUCCUAGAGUUGGAAUAGACCCCAAGGGCCAUCGAGUCCAACCCCCUGCCAAGCAGGAAACACCAUCAGAGCACUCCUGACAUAUGGUUGUCAAGCCUCUGCUUAAAGACCUCCAGAGAAGGAGACUCCACCACACUCCUUGGCAGCAAAUUCCACUGUCAGAACAGCUCUUACUGUCAGGAAGUUCUUCCUAAUGUUUAGGUGGAAUCUUCUUUCUUGUAGUUUGGAUCCAUUGCUCCGUGUCCGCUUCUCUGGAGCAGCAGAAAACAACCUUUCUCCCUCCUCUAUGUGACAUCCUUUUAUAUAUUUGAACAUGGCUAUCAUAUCACCCCUUAACCUCCUCUUCUCCAGGCUAAACAUGCCCAGCUCCCUUAGCCGUUCCUCAUAAGGCAUCGUUUCCAGGCCUUUGACCAUUUUGGUUGCCCUCCUCUGGACACGUUCCAGUUUGCCAGUGUCCUUCUUGAACUGUGGUGCCCAGAACUGGACACAGUACUCCAGGUGAGGUCUGACCAGAGCAGAAUACAGUGGCACUAUUACUUCCAUUGAUCUAGAUGCUAAUCCUAUUGAUGCAGCCCAGAAUUGCAUUGGCUUUUUUAGCUGCCGCGUCACACUGUUGGCUCAUGUCAAGUUUGUGGUCAACCAAGACUCCUAGAUCCUUUUCACAUGUACUGCUCUCAAGCCAGCUGUCACCCAUCUUGUAUUUGUGCCUCUCCUUUUUUUUGCCCAAGUGCAAUACUUUACAUUUCUCCCUGUUAAAAUUCAUCUUGUUUGUUUUGGCCCAGUUCUCUAAUCUGUCAAGGUCGUUUUGAAGUGUGAUCCUGUCCUCUGGGGUGUUAGCCACCCCUCCCAGUUUGGUGUCAUCUGCAAAUUUGAUCAGGAUGCCCUUGAGUCCAUCAUCCAAGUCGUUGAUAAAGAUGUUGAAUAAGACCUGGCCCAAGACAGAACCCUGUGGCACCCCACUAGUCACUCUUCUCCAGGAUGAAGAGGAACCAUUGAUGAGCACCCUUUGGGUUCGGUCAGUCAGCCAGUUACGAAUCCACUGAGUGGUAGCAUAGUGAAGACCGCAUUUUACCAGCUUCUUUACAAGAAUAUCAUGGGGCACCUUGUCAAAUGCCUUGCUGAAAUCAAGGUAGGCUACAUCCACUGCGUUCCCUUCAUCUACCAGGCUUGUAAUUCUAUGCCUGAUGAGGAACGGUUGAGGGAGCUGGGUAUGUUUAGCCUGGAAAAAAGGAGACUGAGAGGAGAUAUGAAAGCCACCCACAAAUAUCUCAAGGGCUGCCACAUGGAGGAGGGAGCAAGCUUGCUUUCUGCUGCCCCAGAGGGGAGGAUCCAGAUCAACGGCUUCAGGUUACAAGAAAGGAGAUUCCAACUAAACAUCAGGAAUAACUUUCUGACAGCAAAAUUAAAAUAAAUAAUAAUAAUGCCGCCUCAAGUACUCUCUCUCUCUUUUCCAGUGCCAUCAAGAACAUGAAAGACAGCAGCGUUUAUUUCAAGAGCAUUGAGGGUCUGCUCAGGCACACCAUUGCGGUGAAAGACCGCCUGAAUGCUGCCCGCAGGUAGCUCCAGGAGCCCCAAGAAGCCCCCCACGAACCCCCCUUCCACCCCAGAGGAGUCCCAGGGUCUGGUCGGUGCAAGAGGCCAAGACAGCAGCGGUGUGCACUGUGUUGAUUGUGGCUGACUUUUUAAAUUAAAUCUUGUUAAUAUUAAAGCUCCGCAAGCUGAUAACAGAAUGAUGUUUAUUGCAGUGGGGGGGGGGGGUGUGAGAGAGAGAAAGAGAGAGAGAGACUCUUCCUGUGUGCUGAGAGUGAGGGUUUUUCCUACAUUCCUUGUGCUUGGGGAAGGUGUGUUAGGAAUAUGUGAACUGACCUUAUCCCAAGUCAGGACUUUUGGCUAGUACUUCCUACUCUGACUGGCAGCAGGUCUCCAGGAUUUGAGACUCACGUAGUGGGCGGGGGUCUUUUUCCCAGCCUGGGAACCUGGGACCUUCUGUGCACAAAGCAGAUGAUGGGCAACCCAGUCAGAUGGGCAGGGUACAAAUAAUAAAAAAUGUUGUUGUUGUUA